AGUUCAAGGGAACGUGUCGUGUAGAUCAAACCGCGGGCGUCUCUUUUCCCUUUCACUGUCGCAUAAAUUUUUCGUUUUCAAUUUAUUUCAAUAGAGAAUAAUUUCCAUUUAACUUCCUUAUAAAUCAAAAUAAAAGUAGAUUUAAUUGAAUUUUUUUUAUGAAUAAGGUUUUCUUGAAAUUCUUGGAAGAUUUUGGCGCACAAUUGGGAUUAAUUAAAACCCCGUGAGAGCUUCGAAACUGGGUAAUUGUAUUGAUGCUACUGCUGUUGUACAGCAAAAAUUCGUGGAAACCAUUAAGUAAGGAACAAAUUUGCAAGAGAAAAAAAAACAGGAAGAGUAAAAAUAGAAUAGAAGAAAUGCUUGUAAAGUUGCUUCAAGUGAAGAGCUUUUUCGUGAUCUUUUGUCCUCUAAGUUGAAGUUAUUUUUCUGAAUUAUUUAUAUGUAUUGGCGGAAUUUUAUUGAGUUGUAUUUUCUUAUAUAUGUAGGUACAUAGUUUGUAUUGUAUUGAGUGAGUAAUUUUUCUGCAGAAUUAGCAAAUUAGUGUGCUAUGUAAAUCAAUGACAACUACAUAUAUCAACUAUGCUUCCGGACCAUUGAGCUUUUAUUUUAUAAAUAUAUUGAUUUUGGAUGAUAAAUUUCUUUUGCCAUUUUUUUUCGCAGAGGCGUGGAGGUAACAACCACGUGCUCAACCCUUAGUGAAAUAAAUUAAAGGGUCGCAUAGAAUUCCCAUGCGCUGAGUUAUGUUUUUUUUUCUCCUUUAUCGCUUGUUUACUUCUUUUUUUGCCUUGUGCUAUGAGAGGGGAAAUACCUUUGCAAAAAUAUCUUUAAGGGGCGUCAAAAUGCCAGUAAAGCUGUACUACUUGCCCGAAAGUCCACCCUGUAGGACAAUUUUACUCCUUGGGAGACUCCUAAAGAUUGAUUUUGAUCUCAAAAUUGUCAAUAUACUCGAUGGGGAUCAACUUAAACCGGAUUUUGUGCAGUUGAAUCCGCAACACUGCAUCCCUACAAUGGAUGACAAUGAUCUUGUUCUGUGGGAGAGCCGCGUAAUUCUUAUGUAUUUGGUGUCAGCCUAUGCUGAGGAUGAUAUUCUGUACCCAAAGGACAUCUUACAGAGAGCAAUGGUGGAUCAACGAAUCCAUUUUGAUUUGGGUACUCUCUACCAAAGAGCUUCUGAUUAUUUCUUUCCCACACUAUUUGUUGGAGCACAUUUAGAUGAAACUAAAAAAGCUCGCCUAGCUGAAGCUCUAGGGUGGUUCGAUGACAUUCUAAAGGGACGCAAAUGGGUGGCAACGGACAAUUUUACAAUCGCCGAUCUCACGCUAUGCGUCACUGUGUCACAAAUUGAAGCAUUUGGCUUUGAAUUGGGUCCAUAUGGUCGUGUCAGGGCAUGGUAUCAGCACUGCAAAGAUGAACUUGAGCCCCAUGGAUACGAUGAGAUCAAUCAGGUGGGAGCAGAUGCCCUCGGAGAAAUGUUUCGGUCGAAAUUGCAACAAGAGAAAUAAUUUUUUUCUUUAAACUGUUGAACGAUUAAUAAAAGUUAUAAAAAUGCUGGUUAAA